UGUGGGCCGAGUGCACCACUUUGAAUGGGGUUUGUGAGACGCGGGAUCCCGGUGGGAGCCCUGUUCCGUUACGUAAGGAGGUGACGUCACCUUGUGGGACCGCCGCUGUCACGUGACGGCAGAGCCACCAGGAACAAUAAUAUCAGUGUAAUCUCCUGCUAUCUCCAUCAGCAUCCUGCCCCCGAGUUCUAGCCGCAUGGCUCAUAACAAGAUACCACCCAGGUGGCUGAACUGCCCUCGCAGGGGACAGCCGCUGGCAGGGAAAUUUCUUCCUUUAAAGACUAUGCUUGGACCCAAAUAUGAUGAACAGGUUCCUGAGGAGAAUCGUUUUCACCCGAGCAUGCUGUCUAACUACCUGAAGAGUCUUAAGGUAAACAUGGGUCUCUUAGUAGAUUUGACUAACACUACAAGAUUCUAUGAUCGGAAUGAUAUUGAAAAGGAAGGAAUAAAGUACAUAAAGCUUCAGUGCAAAGGACAUGGGGAAUGCCCAUCGCCAGAAAACACUGAAACUUUUAUUCGACUGUGUGACAGAUUCAAGGACAGAAGCCCUGAUGAACUUAUUGGUGUCCACUGUACCCAUGGCUUUAAUAGAACGGGUUUUUUAAUCUGUGCCUUUUUAGUCGAGAAGAUGGAUUGGAGCAUUGAGGCAGCAGUUGCUACUUUUGCUCAAGCGAGGCCACCAGGCAUUUACAAAGCUGAUUAUUUAAAGGAGCUUUUUCAACGCUAUGGAGAUGUUGAAGAUACGCCCGCUCCUCCUGAGCUCCCAGACUGGUGUUUUGAGGAUGAUGAUGUUGAUGACGAGGGGAACAGUAUAGGUCAAGAGGCAGAGCCGGGGUCCUCAGGAACUGCCUUACACAGGAAGAAAAAAGAGAGAUUAAAACUUGGUGCAGUAUUUUUAGAAGGUGUCACAGUAAAAAAUGUAACCCAGAUAACAACGCAACCGAAACUUGGAGAAUUACAGAGGAAAUGUCAACAGUUCUCUAAUUGGGAAGGAUCCGGGUUCCCUGGAGCACAGCCUGUAUCCAUGGACAGAAACAAUAUCAAAUUUCUUGAGCAGAAGUCAUAUAAAGUGAGCUGGAAAGCAGAUGGUACCCGGUACAUGAUGCUCAUUGAUGGUAAAAAUGAAGUAUAUAUGAUUGACCGUGACAACUCUGUGUUUCAUGUUUCUAAACUUGAAUUUCCAUUUCGGAAAGAUCCCAGAGUCCACUUGACCAACACACUUCUGGAUGGGGAAAUGAUCAUUGAUAAAGUAAAAGGACAAGCUGUGCCUCGAUAUUUAAUAUAUGACAUCAUCAAAUUCAGUGGUCAGCCUGUGGGGGACUGUGACUUUAACAUUCGUCUCGCUUGCAUUGAGAAGGAAAUCAUUUUUCCCAGACAUGAAAAAAUGAAGACCGGACAUAUCGAUAAAGCGCAGGAACCUUUUAGUGUUCGGAAUAAGCCAUUUUUUGACAUCCACACAGCAAGAAAGCUGCUCGAAGGAAGCUUUGCUAGAGAGGUCAGCCAUGAAGUUGAUGGACUCAUCUUUCAACCAACUGGGAAAUACAAAGGUGGUCGUUGUGAUGACAUUUUGAAAUGGAAGCCACCUAACAUGAAUUCAGUGGACUUUCGAUUAAAAAUAACAAGAGUUGGUGGUGAAGGGCUCCUGACUCAGAAUGUCGGAUUGCUCUAUGUUGGAAGCUACGACCGUCCUUUCUCCCAGAUGAAGGUAACUAAAGACUUAAAACAAUAUGACAAUAAAAUCAUAGAGUGCAAGUUUGAGAACAAUUGCUGGGUCUUCAUGCGGCAAAGAGUUGAUAAAAGCUUUCCAAACGCCUAUGACACCGCUUUGGCUGUAUGUAACAGCAUCCAGCAUCCAGUAACUAAGGAAAUACUAUUUGAAUUAAUCGAUCGAUGCACAGGAGCAAAUCAAGGGCAAAUUAAAAGAAAUGCACUGGACCCGGAUGCUGAACUCAUGCCUCCCCCGCCUCCUAAAAUUCCACGAGCUGUUAACUGAAGGAAAAGCAGAAAGACUUCAUUUCGGACAGAGGAAAUCCUAACAACCUGCUCAUCUUACAUACUUGCAAUAAGGACUUUUCCACACAAAAAAAGCAACUUUUUGCACACGGACAUUGUAGCUAUCUUACAAGUACAGAUUACUACUUCCCAAAAUGUGCAUCAAAGACUAAACGUGUCUACUCUGUCUUACAUGAAAGUGGAAAGAACCCAAAGCAUUGCAUUAGAGACUAUGAAAAACUUUAUUUUUGCAAGAGCAAAAACUGUCAGAUCAAGGAACACACCUUUUUGUGUUUUCCUACCAAUUUGUACAUGUAGGAAAAAAUAAAAGUUGCUUUUGUCCUUUUUCUUAAAGAUCUUUUUAUUUUAUUUAAUUGGUCAUUGCUUAAGGAUUUAAUUUAAUGUAUUUUCCUUAAUUCCUUAUUUUGAACAAAACAAUGAUUCUUUAAGUAUCAUUUCAGUUGUAUAGGAUACAAUGUUAUUGUCUGGUUUCGCCUGUUUUAAA